GCAUCGUGAAUUCUCAUUGCUAAUCGACCUCCUUCAUCGUAUCUACCAUCCAGGGCUCUGCUGUCCUUUACGAGCUACUGCCAAAUUGCCAUUCCACUAUCAUUGGCAUAUCUUGUGGCCAAGACGAAUGGAGUACGUCACACUCGACUCUCGAUACACUGCGAACGCAAUUGCUUCACACAAUGGACAAGAAAUCAAACGGGCGGACUGAUGCUGGGUUGAGGAGUUUAAAUCAUUAUCAGAAUAGUCUUCCAAAAUGGCGAUACUACCCCCGACAGAAACUCCUCCCGGUGGUGCGAUUCGAGACUCCGUAUCUUGCUUGGUUUCAGGACAAAGUGCGCUCGCCCAUGCUUGAUUCGUAUUUUGCUUUUACUGCCAAUCUCGGCACGCAUACGUUCUUCAUGAUCUUUCUGCCCGUGUUGUUCUGGUGUGGAUAUCCCAGUCUGGGUCGAGGAAUGGUCAAUGUGUUGGCCGCAGGCGUCUUCUUUAGCGGUUUCAUCAAAGACUUGCUCUGUCUACCUCGUCCUCUUUCUCCGCCGCUUCAGCGAAUCACCAUGUCCGGAUCCGCCGCAUUAGAGUACGGGUUUCCCUCGACACAUUCCACAAAUGCAGUCUCUGUGGCGAUCUACUUGCUUUCGCUAUUAUGGAACAAUACCACGUUGAGCCCUGCCGUCAGAUUUGCCUCCCAGGCUGCCCUAUACAUCUACGCCUUGUCUAUCAUCAUCGGCCGUCUAUAUUGCGGGAUGCAUGGUUUCCUUGAUGUGAUUAUCGGCAGCGGAUUAGGAGCUCUGAUAGCAUGGUUCCAGAUCGUAUACGGACCAACAUGGGACAAUUGGAUUCUGGAAGCGUCAGGAAAAGAAGUGCUGCUUUUAGUUCUGGUUGUGCUGGUCUUGAUCCGAAUACAUCCCGAGCCGGCGGAUGAUUGUCCUUGCUUUGACGAUAGUGUCUCCUUUGCUGCUGUGUUUAUUGGUUGUCAGGUAGCGGCCUGGGACUUGUCAAAGUCGAUGAUUACCUCUGCGGAACUCACUGCUGAUACCAUUCCAUAUCGACUUGACAUAGGCUGGCUUAGAACUUCUUUGCGAUUUAUAGUCGGCGUUCUUAUCAUCUUUGCUUGGAGGGAGUUUACGAAACCACUAUUGUUGCGCAUACUACCUCCAGUUUUCCGCGGUCUAGAGAAGGCUGGUCUUAUCCUUCCUCGUCGCUUUUUCACUCACGCCUCCGAGUACGGAAAAGUACCAGGACAUCUCAAAGAUGACGAGGUUCUUCCGAAUUUCUCUGACAUUCCUUCCAUUCUUACGUCCAUCCGCCAUCCCCGCCGAAGAGCUAUUUCGAUUGGACCUCAGUCUGAGGCCGACGCAUAUGAGACAUUGGCAUAUAGAGAGAAGCGACGACGGGAGAGUAUCUCUGAUAACUAUGGCUUGUCUGGCAAACAUCGUCAGGCUAGCAAGCACUCCGUGUCCAAAUUGGAGGAAUACGAGUCGCAAAUGGGAACCGUCAGUCCUCGACAAAGUCCUGAUGCUCCGACCUCUACCCAAACAAGCUCGGCAUUCGAGGAAACAGCCAAUGGAUCCUCCACCGAAGAUGAAGCACAAAUGUUUUCCAUGAUCAAGAAGCCUCGUGUCCGGUAUGAUGUAGAGGUUGUUACGCGGUUAAUUGUUUAUAUGGGCAUUGGCGUGAUCGUGGUCGAUGUUAUGGCGUAUGUUUUUGAUGUUAUCGGCCUGGCACCUUGAACGCUAGGAACGUAAUGGUGAUGACUACUACUGAUUUUUAUUUUUCUGAUUACAUCCAUUAUUCUUGUUUUAAUAUUUACUGGACAUAGUUUAUUUCUGCGUUUUGUUUAUACAUUUGCUUCCUAAUGGUUCUGACUCUAUUUGUACCUGAUUUAUGUUUUUGUACGGAGUGGUACUAUGAUUGUUCAGAAGAUAGAGAUGCGACUUUCAGACCUCAUGAAUCUAUUCCAAAUUAUAAACUC